AUGGUCUUUGGCCGCUCCCUGACCGAGGCCCGUCUGAUCAGCUCAGCCAACUACGUGCGGACCGAGCUGCCGACGCGGCUGGCGCAUCGCAUCCGCGACAUCCAGCAGCUGCCCUAUGCUGUCGUGUCCAACCCACACAUCAGCGCCGUCUACGAGCUCUACUACAAUGCUUUUGACAUGUUCCGCAAAGUCAAGGAGAUCAAGACGCUCGACGACAACGACGUGCUCUGCGACGUCAUUGGCCAGACCCUGCAAGCCCACCUGCCCGUCAUCCCCAAGCUGGCCAUGGGCAUCCUCGAGUGCAGCGACCUCAUGCCCGCGCGCGACCUCGACAAGUUUAUGAACACCAUUUUGCGCGCCCGCAUCUCGCGCCGUGUCAUUGCGGAGCAGCACCUGGCGCUGACCGAGACGUUCAAUGCCUCCUGGUACUCGCCGGGUGCACCGCUGCCCGAGGGCCACGAGUUCAUCGGCGAGGUCUUUUUAAAGUGCCAGGCCCGCGACGUCAUCGACCGGUGUGCCAAGGCCGUCUGCGACCUCGCCCGCAGCGCUUAUGGGCCCGACGUGCAGCUGCCCGACAUCCAGCUGACGGGCCACCUAGACACCACGUUCCCCUACAUUCUGAGCCACCUCGAGUACAUCGUUGGCGAGUUGCUGCGCAACGCCGUCCAGGCGACCGUCGAGCGGUGCCAACGACUGUAUGGAAGCCAAAACGGCAGCAGCAGCGGCGGCGGCGGCAGCGGCGCCGCCUCGUUAUCGCAUACCAACGGCGUGCCCCCGCCUCCGCCACCCAUCGAAAUCACCCUCUGCGAAGCCGCCCAGCACGUCAUCAUCCGCGUCUCCGACCAGGGUGGCGGCGUGCCCCACGACAUGAUGCCGUACCUGUGGUCCUUUAGCAAAGGGAAGCACUCGCAGCGGCUGCUCGAGAAUCUCAAAAAGGUCCCGCGCAUGAGCGCCACCCUCCAGGAGCUGCGCGUCGACGAGAUGCAGCAGCCCCCGAGCCGAUACACCACCACACACCGGCAGGACAAGCCGCCGAACGUAACGGGUGACCCGGACCACCCUCACGGCAACUCUCUGGCGUCGCUGUCGCAGCGACCACCCAAUCUACGCCUGGGCAUGGGCCUGCCGCUCAGCCGCGUGUAUGCCGAGUACUGGGCCGGCAGUCUAGAGCUGCACAGCCUCGAGGGCUACGGUGUCGAUGCAUUUUUGCAAAUCUCCAAACUGGGCAACAAGAACGAGCAGCUGACGAUGCGGGCGAGCAUGGAUGCAGUCUAA